CGUUAUCAGGGAGGCAGCCGAAGGGCCAGUCAUCUCCUCACAUCUUUUCUGCAUCUACCACAAUCCCCUCUAUCCUUCCUGUAUGGUGGAUAUUAUUUUCAGCUCUUCUUUCUUGGGUGAUAUGGGGGAUCAUUCCAAAAAGAAGCCAGGAUUCGCGAUGUGUGUAGGAUGUGGAAGUCAGAUCCAUGACCAGUACAUACUGAGAGUCUCUCCCGACCUGGAGUGGCAUGCAGCCUGCCUGAAGUGUGCAGAGUGCAGCCAGUACCUGGAUGAGACCUGCACUUGUUUCGUCCGGGACGGCAAAACCUAUUGCAAAAGAGAUUAUGUAAGGCUAUUUGGAAUAAAAUGCGCAAAAUGCAACUUGGGAUUCAGCAGCAGCGAUUUGGUAAUGAGAGCCCGGGAUAACGUGUACCACAUCGAGUGUUUUCGGUGCUCGGUGUGCAGCAGGCAGCUGCUGCCGGGAGACGAGUUCUCCCUGCGGGAAGACGAGCUGCUGUGCCGGGCGGACCACAGCCUGCUGCUGGAAAGGAACUCCGCAGGAAGCCCCAUCAGCCCCGGACACAUCCACUCCAACAGACCGCUUCACCUGACAGCAGACCCGGUGACGGUGCGGCAGGCCCCGCAUCGGAACCACGUUCACAAGCAGUCGGAGAAGACGACGCGGGUCAGGACGGUGCUGAACGAGAAACAGCUCCACACGUUGCGGACCUGCUAUAACGCCAACCCGAGGCCGGACGCUCUGAUGAAGGAGCAGCUGGUGGAGAUGACCGGCCUGAGCCCCAGGGUGAUCCGGGUCUGGUUCCAGAACAAACGCUGCAAAGACAAGAAGAAGUCCAUCCUCAUGAAGCAGCUACAGCAGCAGCAACACAGUGAUAAGACUGUAAGCAUCUUCAACCUGCAGGGUCUCACAGGAACGCCUCUUGUGGCCGGUAGUCCUAUCCGACAUGAGAGCACCGUGCAGGGAAACCCAGUGGAGGUUCAGACCUACCAGCCUCCAUGGAAAGCUCUGAGUGAGUUCGCCCUGCAGAGCGACCUGGACCAGCCAGCCUUCCAACAACUGGUGUCUUUCUCUGAAUCGGGCUCUCUCGGGAACUCCUCGGGCAGCGACGUGACUUCUUUGUCCUCUCAGUUACCGGACACCCCCAACAGUAUGGUACCCAGCCCAGUGGAGACGUGAAACGGGGCCCACUCAGACCUGUCGGUCCCCCUCUCCCCCCCUAUCCCAUCCUCCUGCAAGGACAAUUGCAGCAUGAUCCCGGUUACCCCCCCUUCUUGCAUGUGACCAGCUCAUCACAUCGCUCAAACUACAGAAAGGAGAGUGUUUUUUUUUUUGUUUUUUUUUAAUUUCCAGACAUGUAGAGGAUUGAAGGAAGAAAGCACCGAUUGACUCCGAUUUUUUUUUUUCUUUUUGGAGCCUUCAUUGACAAAAACUAAGCAGAACAAUUGUUGCAUGACUUGAUACGGAGAAAGAAGAUGUACAGAAGACCUCCUGCUGGAUAUACUACAACAAACCUUCCUUCGAAAAACAAAUUGGAAACGUUUCCACGUCGAAACAGAUGGACAGUCUACGACUUCAUUGUGAACAUAUUGUGUCUUGUUUUCUUCAACAUGAGAAAUUUUUUGAUACAUUUAUUGCGUUGUCGAGUCCAGUUGACUCUUUGUCUUAAAAGGUCAGAGCAUGAUAAUCUGCAAACUAUUCGUGUUGUAAAAUACUUUAUCUUAAGGGCAGGAUACAGGUUGUUUGAGCUUCUCGAACAAAAAGUAAAUUAUUGUUAUAUUAUUUAUUGUUAGGAAAGCGAUUCGUAAAGGGAUUAUUAACUGAUAAAGAAAUAAAAAGCUGAAUACAUAACGUGUCUUGAUGACCAAUCUUUGUACAGGCGCAGCUUUAAAAAAAAAAUCUACUGUUGGUUUUUACAUUUGCAAGCCAAUAUCGUAAUUAUUUAAUUUAUUGAACUCCAUUAGUAACUCUGUCACUGAAGUGAUUGCACAGACCUAGUUCAAUUUUCUUUUCCGGUGCAGUUUUUGGUGACAAAGUCAACUUCACUGCCGUCACAGGCGUCAGAUUGUUAUUCAGUGAGUCAUUUCUGAUUUUGGACACAUGAAACAAAUACAAAGCUUCUAGUGCCGAUCUGAGGAAUAAAUUCAAAGCGUUUACAACCUAGAAGAAAUAAAUUCCAGUUGCUCUGAAAAUGCUGUUUGUCCUGUUCAACCUAUAUCAAGUUAGCCUGUCUGAAUUGAAGCUCGGAGGCUCUUGUUAUUUUAUCAUUGGCCUCCAUCUGAGCUCUUUCCCCCUUCGGUUAUGUAGCAGGAAUCGGCCAGUGGUCAUUUACUAUCUCGGGGGCAAAAAUCUGCUGUAAAUUGUGCUCAGUCCAGUUACUCUGGUUGAGUCACAAACUGGUCUAGACAGCGCGGAGGGAUCGGCGACCUCUUAUCUAGUCCUGGCAUCACCUGCAAGCGAUACACUGACUGAAGCCACAACAAACUAACUAAACACCCCCUCCUCCAUACACACACACACACACACACACACACACCCUCCUCAAAGCCCCUCGUAUGUGAGAGGGGAGCAGAGAGCAGCUCGUAAAGGGUCACUUCUCCUCCUCGGUUUAUUUUCCUUUAGUGAAUUGCGUUAUUGCGCACGGGUCAGCCGAGAUGACAGCUCAGGCUAAAUGAGCUGACCUCCUUUACACCGUGUGCAGGACAAAACAAAGCUGCCAUGCAUGUUCUCAGUCUGUGGAUGAUUCUGUUUUUAUUUUAGAUAUACAU